AUGAUCCAUUAUCUUCCCGUAUUCUACCCACCUCAUAAUCCAACUCAUCAACUCGUAUACAUUCCACCAACACCUGCUAUUCCUCAUACCCCCAAUCUCUUGGACACUCCAUUAUCACCCGGUUCAACUUCUGGUUCGACCUCUCAUUCCACUUCUCAUUCUCAUUCUCAUUCUCGUUCACAUCUACACCCUCCUGCAUCACGUUCACGUUCCAAUUCUCGUUCUUCCGCUUCACCUUACAUUCGUGAUUCGCCAAUUUCUCGUAAACCACGAAUGACACGGUCACAUGGACAUUCACAUGACCCAACCUCGGCCCAAACUUCUUCAUCCUCCAUACCUCCAUCUCGUUCUGUCGCUUCUUCCGAAACUCCAACAUCUCGAAUUCGCCCUUUUCAUCACACUUUGCCACCGCCAUGUAUCGCCCGGGACCAUCCUUGCGUACUCAGAACGUAUGAGAUGAGCAUGAGACAACAACCUCUCCAGGCUAGGAUGUGUGGUGUGGGAGAUAAAUCGGACCGCAGGCCAGUGGAUCCCACUCCUAUCAUUCAGCUCAAGGUCAUCGACAAGAACGGCGAUGAUAUCACACAUGUGGACCCCCGGACGAGAGACGAUGAAGCCGGGAGGAAAGCGUUACGCAGACCUGAUCCUGGACCGGGUGGUAUGACUUUCAUGCAAAAUCCAUACUACUUUCUCUUUGCAUGUUUAGUCGGUGGCGACGAACUCGAAGACGAGCUACACGUUAUCGACGAUGGCAAGACACGGUUCCUGACCGGCACUCCGGUCUCAUCUUUGUACCAUCUCAAAGAUCUGGAUAACUCUGAUGCGGCGUUCUUUGUAUUUCCCGAUCUGGGUGUGAGAAAGGAAGGGAGGUACAAGUUGAAGUUGACAUUGUUUGAGAUUGUCGAUGCCGAGGUAUACUAUUGCACAACCAUGUACACUUCGACUUUUUCCGUGUAUUCUGCCAAGAAAUUCCCGGGUAUGCAGAAAGCCACAGAUUUGUCCAAGUCUUUCGCCGAGCAAGGCCUCAAGAUUCGAGUUCGUAAAGAUCCCAGACGUCGCGCAGUCAAAGCUAAACGGAAAUCCUCCGCACAAUCUGAAGACGAAGAUUUGUAUUCUAAACGUACUCGCACCACUCCCCUCCCUGGCGGACCAGAUGAUCCCCGAUACAUGCAUCACUCCCCCGAAGGUUUCUUCCCCCCGGGACACCCUCUUCCUCCGCAAUAUCCCAACUACCCGUAUUCUCAAGGACAAAGAAUGCCUCCACCACCGCCUCCGCCAUCCGGACAUCCGGGUGGGUACGAUCAUCGUAUGUCUCCUUAUUACCCUCCAUAUGGACGUCCUCAAUCACAAGCUGGACCACCUAGGAGUAGACAUUCCAUGCCGCCUGGACCAGAGUAUUAUUAUCCCCCUGGUCAAUAUGACCGUGCUGGUGGUGCUGUUCCAUGGCCACAGGGUCGAGCACCUCCCCCUCCUUCAUCUCAUCAACCUCCGCCACCUCCUUCGCAUCCUUCAGUGCAAUCGAGAGGGUUCCCGCAACAUGUUACUGCACGACCUAACUCUCCUCGUGGUCAAAGACCCCCAUCACCUCCUCAACGAAGCGUUCAUUCUCCCACUAGACCAGAAUCUCAUCAUAACAUCCAACAGAGAGGUUACUAUGAUAAUCAACCUUCAAGACCAGACCCUCAACAUCGGGUUUCAUAUCAUGGUCAAGAACAACCAUCUCGACAACUUGAUUCGAACACGUUGGAAAGUAGAGAAACGGAUCAACAAGAAAGAAGGAAGAGUGAAGAUGGUUUAUCAGUAGCUGUCAGUGUCACAUCGACAAGGGAAUUGGGUAGUGCUGGAUUACCAUUGAUAUUCAAAGAAGCGGAACCUUCGCCUUUACCCAGUGCGACGAGUUUGAAUUCUACGAAUUCUUCGGGUCAUUCUUCCUUGUCUGGUGGGGUCAAUAGUUUGGUGGAAGGGGGAGCUGCGGGAGUGUCGGGGGCGUCGGGGACGGGGGGAGAAUCAAGGGAUAAAACUCCACCGAGUAAUAGGAUGAGAUUAGGGCAUUUGGUGGAUUAGUGUGGUUGUUUGGUUGUCGGUCAUUAUCUUUCCUCUAUCAUUUCAGUUGAGCUCGUGAUGCCUGAUAGUGUGGCGGAUGUGUACAAGUAAAUCCUGCAUAAUGACAUUUUAGUAAUAUGGUAAGAAGAGAUGAUCUAUUUGAUGCAAUGUCGUGUACAGUAGGUAU